CCCCUGAAAAUCCCAUCUUAGGAUGGGCUAAUUGGCUAGUUAGUAAUAAUGUCAAACAUUUUCCAACUUCAAAACAGCUUUGAGGUCUCGGGUGGAAGCUGAGGUUGGUUCUUAUUUAGUUAAUUCCCAGGAAUGCAUGUGCAGCUAGUUGGGUGACAUUGCACAAAGGAACGUUUCAACCCUUCCCUCCUUGGCUUGGGUCCAAAUGACGUAUCUAACCAACGCGAUGAUCUUUUUCUCGACAGGCACCAGAGAAAUGGAAGACCACAAUAGCAUUGUCCUCCCUGUAAUUUUUGCCAUAAUUUGCCUGGUGGGAACUGUGGGGAACUGCAUUGUGAUCUAUACCAUCACCAAAAGACCCAAGAGAAACCACAACACAGCAGAUGUCUUCAUCGUGAGCCUCUCCAUCACGGACCUUCUCUUCCUGCUGGGCAUGCCUUUUCUCAUCCACCAGCUUCUAGGGAAUGGAGUCUGGCUUUUCGGGGCUACCAUGUGCACCAUCAUCACUGCGUUGGAUGCUAACAGCCAGUUUGCCAGCACGUACAUUCUCACGGCAAUGUCCAUUGACCGCUACCUGGCCACCGUAUACCCCAUCCGCUCCGCCUACAUGCGCACCCCUUGCACAGCUGCCUUGGUGAUCUUGCUGCUUUACCUCUUGUCUCUCCUAACCAUCGUGCCGGUGUUCAUGUACACCCAGCCCAUUGCUCUGCCUGGAAGCAAAGCCGGCUGUGGCAUCAUCCUACCCAACCUCUCGGUUGAUAUCUAUUGGUACACGCUGUACCAGUUCUUCCUGGCGUUUGUCAUUCCACUGGCAGUCAUCUGCAUUGUGUACCUGAAGAUACAGAAGCACAUUUCAUGCAAGGUACUGCCACUGCCCCAGAGGAACUUCAGAGCCAGGACUAAGAAGAUCAUGCGGAUGGCUAUCACCAUUUGCUCUGCCUUUUUUAUCUGCUGGGCACCCUAUUAUAUACUGCAAUUGGUGCAUCUCAAAAUCACCCAGCCCUCCAUUAUGUUCCUCUAUGCCUAUAACGUAGCGAUCAGCCUGGGUUAUGCAAGCAGCUGCAUCAACCCCUUCAUCUACAUUGUGUUGAGUGAUACGUUCCAAAGGAACCUGGUGAAGGCCUUCUGCCCAGGCCGGCAGGCCCGAAGGGGGGCUAGAAAUGCCCCUGGGAAAGUCGGUCCCUCUGUGAAAAUAAGUCCUGUGCCAAAUCAGGAAACUUAUCUUAGCAUGACAUACUCUCGUAAUAUAGCUAAUUGCAUCUCUCUCUCUGUCUUAGUUCCUUAGCGGAAAACCACACGACUUUGCUCAAGGAUGGCCAGGUGAGCCAAAUAGGUGUCAAAGCUUUCUGGGGUUGUAGACACAAAGGAGCAAAGAGAAGGGUUAAGAUUUGUUGUAAGGAGCACAGCCAAGAGGCUGACCUCCCGGGGGUACGCUGGAGCAGAACAUCAUUUUGGCCGAAUAUAAAAAAUUCCUUACAGUGAGACCUACCCCCGAGUGGAAUCUUGUUGUACAGGAUCUCCUGGGAACCCCACUGCUUGAGUCUGCACUCCAGAGCACAUCCAAAGGAGGGGUCUGCACUGACCGCCAUAGCGCUUACCCACCUUUAAGGUGCCUGGUUCUGCUGUUACGGAGCUGAAGUCCAUUGGACAACCCACCUGGCUUCAGCCAAAGUCUAUUCUUCUAAUUCUGCUCCCACGGGUGGUAGGGUGUGCUGGCUUCUGAUUGGCUCGAACAAUGUGUAUUUUUAAUCUUGUGGCUGGUUACCAAUCAGCAAUCCUGCAAUUUAACUGUUUGGAAGACUUCCGUUUGAUACAUAUAAGCUUGGGGUUACAGCCACAGUUGGUAGUAAGGGGACCGAUACAUUGGGAUAGGGAGACUGCAGCUCUAAUAGAUGAAACGUUGCUGUUGUUCCAGCUCACUGAGGGAGCAGGAAGAAAUGGCUUUACCUAGCUGUUCCAUUACAAUAACUUUCUUUUUAUAACUAGAAAGCUUGAAUAUUUAGUAAGUUCGUACUGGUGGCAAAUAUGAACUUCCACAAUAGAUGUCUCAAACUGUAAAUAUCUUAAUUGUUAAAUAUGAUUGUGUCUAGGACUCUGUCUUACCCAGUAUGCAUUAACGGGUGGUCUCGUCUCUUUAUUCUCAUUAUGUCAUUAGGCUUUCUCCCUGUCAGUCGCGGGGCACGCACCCUUCUUUCACUCAUGGUACUUUGCCUUGUGACUGUUCAGUGGUGUGUGCAAUACAAACACAGAUAUAACCAGGAGCGGAGAGGGUGAGACACUGCAAAGGAUGGGAAGAAUAAAGGAUGUGGAUCCCACUAUACAGAUACAGGGCUACCUACACAAAGCCACAGCUGCAGGGAAAGUCUUGGGUAACAGGGAAAUGCUUUGGCAGAGGUGGGGAAAGUUUUCAGCAGCUCCCCACAGCUGCUGAAAUCUUUCCC